AGAACCGGGGCAAUGUUUAACCCGCACACCGUGAUGAUUGCGACCCUUCUGCCGCCUCUGCUGCUGCUGCUUGUGCCGGUCUGCUGCUCCACGGGGGAAGCUGAGCCAAGUCCACCUCCGAAACAUUACUAUGUAGCAGCUGUGGAGAUCGGCUGGGACUACAUCCACCUGGACGAAGCUGACCCAGAGUCCGAGCAAAGGUGAACUUUUCUUACUUUGGUUAAGCCAGACCUCUCUGUUGUGUUAUUAAGAAUUAUAAAUUGUAACACUUUACAAUAACCAUAAUUUAUAAAUGGCAAACAGACAGUUUAUUAAUGUUUAAUCAUUUUAUAAAAAAGCAUAUAGAUUGAUUAUAAAUGGGAAAUAGAUAGUUUAUUAAUGUUUAAGCAUAAUUUAAAAACAGCAUAUAGAUUAAUUAUAAAUGGGAAAUAGAUAGUUUAUUAAUGUUUAAUCAUCAUUUAAAACAGCUGGCAAAUAGAUAGUUUAUUAAUGUAACUUAAUAGUCACUUUACCAUUAACAAGCAAUGAAAUUAUGAUUAAUAAUUUAAUGAAUUACUAAUAGACUAUUUAUUAAAGGUUUAUAUAGAGUUGAAAUAUUGGUUGUAAAACAUCUUGAUUAAAAUGUGUGUCAGUAUCACUUUGUAAAUGGUUAAUAUUUGUUUUUUAAACCACCUAUGAACAUUACUUAGAUGGUUAUUGUAAAGUUGCAACUGAUGUUUGUAAUACUUUGUAAAUGAUUAAUAACUGGUUUAUAAACCAUCUAUAAAUCUUACUAGAUGGUUAUUGUAAAGUUAGGGUUAGGUUUUUAAAAUUGUAAAAUUUACAAUUUAUUAAUGGUCUAUAUGCUACUUAUAAACGAUAAUUAAACAUUCAUAAACUAACUGCUUACCAUUUAUAAGUGGUCUAUUUACCAUUUAUAAGUUAUGGUUAUUGUAAAGUGUUACCUUAUUGACUUUGAAGACUAUUUUUGUUUGUCAUAGUGGCAGUCAAAAUAAGUGAACAGGGCUUCCUCUGUUUUUAUAAUCUACGAUCCAGGUAGAAAUUGUAGACAUUUUUAAACAACGACAUUUUUGAUCUGAAUGUAACUUUUCUUCCGUCGUAAAUGAUGAUUAAUUUCAGUCAUAAUCUACGUUUUGUUUUAUGAACUAAGGAGGUCCAAAGAUAUUCCUCAAAAAUACAUCAAAGCAGUGUACAGGGAGUACACAGACUCAACAUACACUGAACCCAAACCAACGCCAGCAUGGACAGGUAGGUUUCUUCUUGAAUAUUCUCAAACUUGUCAGACUUAACAAGAUUUGUGAUAUUUACCAUAUCCUUGUUAAUAUUUUAGCAUCAUUUGAUUACCAAAGACAACCUUGAGUUGGCUUUUUUAGAAAUAAGACUAGUGGCAAAAUGACAUGAACUAAACCGACAAAUUAAAUGACUGAUUCUGAUGUUUCCCUGACUUUUCAGCGCAGGUAACACAAAUUGACGGCUGUUAGUUAACUCUCAGAAUAUCUUAUUCUUCUGGUUGCAGGUAUUCAAGGUCCAGUAAUUGUGGCCCAAGCCAAUGACAGGUUGGUGGUCCACUUCAAAAACUUGGCCUCACAGUCGUACAGUAUCAGCCCUGUGGGGAUCAGCUACUGGAAACAGUCUGAAGGUAUUUGACUACAUGGAAAAAGCUGAAGUCAUUCUUUAAACGUGAAUUCUGUUUCUGUCUCUCUUGCACUUAGCUCACUAACAUAACAUUAGUCAACAGCAUCCUGAUCGUCUUGUGCAUUUUCUUGACUCAGCAUUUUGACUCACAACCUCUUGGUACUGUGAAGUCUGUAUUACAGCAUACGUGAGUCAAUCACAGGCUAUGAAAAACCCUUGAGCCUGGUGAUACUAUCCAUCUACUGUAUUAAGCAGGAAAUCCAAAUCUGAUCUUUUUACUCAUGUCUUUAUGAAGAAGUCCAGAGAAAUUUGGGGACCAAAUAGGAGCACAGACAAAAAAUACUCUGACAGAAGGAAAGAGAGUAAAAAUCUAAUGACUAUGACCCAGAUUUGUCCAUGCUGGUCAAGAGUUACUUGCCAAAAAUGAUGCCUCUUAUUCACUAGAAAACACACAAAGCGACCGUUAUCAUUAUCUCCUGUGUGCAGUUUCCUCGGAGCUGAACGGUCAUUGUAACCACAUCAAGUCUCCACCUUCAACAAACACACAGGAAUGUAAUGUGAUUAUAAGAGUACUACACUGCAGAGGAAACGUUUGAACAUCCCUGACCUGAAGGUUCAUACUCUUCAGAGGAGACGUUGGCAUUUUUUCCUCAUGCUGCUGUACAACUGAAAUACUAAUUUCCUGUAAACAGCUCAAGUCUUCCUCACACAGGGUUUAAUUCCUAUUAGCGGAUUUGGCAUAAUCUGAAAAGCUGCACAUGUCAGGGCAAAAAGUGAGCCACCAUGAAGCUGAUCUUUUUACAUAACCUUGUAGUAUUUAGGGGGAAGACGUUAUUACACAUUUAGAUGAGUCAGUGCCAGACCAGAUACAAUGUGGUCUUACUUUGUUCUCUAUUUACAGCUGCAGCUAGGAUGUGGGGAGUUUUUCGUAGUAAAAGUUGCCAUUUACAACAUUCCCGAGUCAUGAUUUCCACAAUUCCGUGUCCUGCCUUUUCUUGAUUUGACAACAUUAGUUUUCCUUUCCCUGCUUUGACUCACCUCUACUGCUCCACGUGAGCAGAGUCAUGAAUGCUGCAUCUUUGUUUUCCAGGAGCUGGCUAUGAUGACUCCACAACAGGCCAGGAGAAGGAGGAUGACGCUGUACCCCCUGGAGGGUACUAUGAGUACGUGUGGGACAUCAACCCCAAAGUUGGUCCCACCAUCAGUGAUCCAGAGUGUCUCACCUACUCCUACUCAUCCCAGGUGGACCCGGUCCGUGAUGUUAACUCAGGACUCAUUGGUGCCUUGCUCAUCUGCAAAUCAAGUACGGACAGAAGGGGACCUUGAUUUGAUAACUUUUAAGAGAACUUCUAUAAUUAAUUGGUUUUCAGAGCUGUUAACUGCAUCAUUACUCGAGAUGUUAACUGGAGUUGAAGUUUAGGAGUGGCUGUGAUUUAAAGUUAUCCAGUUUUUUUAUUUAAUCCUUUAUUCAACCAUUUUACUGACAAAGGUACUCUAUCAAAGUGAGAGAUGAAGAGAUUAUAUUACAACACUUUUAAGGGCAGCUACCCUGUAUAUAACAUUUUAAAGAAAUUUAAGCCAAAACUGCAAUCACUUAUAUCCUAGUGACACCCAAAGAAAAGAAAACCCCACUUUGUUAUAAAACAUCGCUUGUAUAAUUUGUGUUUUCCCAGGUGCUUUUGGUAAAGAUGGCCAGAAGAAGAAUCCACCAUUGGUCCUGUUGUUUGCAGUGUUUGAUGAGACAAAAAGCUGGUACGGGGAGGUAGGAGCAGAGCGAAGGAGCAGAGAGAAGUUCAAGGGGAGCAACCACAAGAAAGAAUACCACACCAUCAAUGGAUAUGUCAACUCUACAUUACCCGGUAAUAGACCAGACUGGCUGUAGACCAGGAGUUUGUUCUAUGAAGCUGUGUUAUGAAGUUAAUGUUAAGUGUUGCUCACAUGGCGCUCAGCAUAUCAGCGGACCACACAAGAGUAUGACCUCUGUCUUCUGCGUUUGCAGGUUUGAAAGUGUGUCAGGGUCGUAAUCUUGUGUCUUGGCAUCUGAUUGGGAUGGGCACAACUCCAGGAAUACACUCUAUUCAGUUUCAGGAUCACACCCUGCAGGUAAUUCAAGUUUUUGACACCCUGGAAGUGCAGGUUGAAGAAAAGCAAGUUGUUACAUCCAGAAAUAUUAAACUUUUUUGUUGCUUUGAAAACUUUUUGAAAGUGUUGAAACUGGUUUAGGAGACAUUUUAUUUCAGAGUGCUUUCUACCCAAGAGCUCAUGAGAGGAUUGAUACCUCUUCUGUACAUUUAGUAAGCAGUAGGAGUCAGGGGACGUCUCCCCUAGCUUGGCCAAACACUGGAAUUAAACAAGAACAUAUCUAAACCAUUUUAAACAGAGAAGCUAAAAUGAUCAGCUUUUGAUCCUCAGCCCACUGAAGCUGUAGGAUCCAGACUCCAGUUUGAUAGGGAACAUAAGAGAGGGUUUUACCCUCCUCCUGUGUUAGGGUCUGCACCAACCCGUUUUUGUUUUUAAUGCUUAAAAGAACCACUUCAAUUAGUUUUUUUGCAUCAAGACUUUUUGACUUUGUCAGGAACCUCUAUCUUAACAAAAUAAAAAUCAAAAAUUAAAUUGACUAAAUUAUAAAAUGCACUUCUUAAAAUUAUGGCACUUGUCAUGUUAGGGUCGCUGUUGACCCGGUUAGAUCAAUAUCCAAUAAUAAGAGCAAAAACUGAAAUCAUAAGUGCACUGUCAGGCACCACACUGACAAUUAGAUCUUCUUCCAAUCAUGGGAGAUUUAGGAAAUCCUCAUUUUGCCUGGUUCACAACAACAUCGGGCAUGUCCAGACAUGUGAGAUCAGUUCACUAUGGAUGUCUGUAUGAGGGGUAUACUGACAAAGAAAGGCCCAGAGGCUCACUACAAAAACUAUUGUAGCCAAUAUUUUCAUGGAAUGAAGCCCAACAAGGUAACCUAGAGAUGAGAACCAAAUUGGAUGAUAGAGAAUUGUUUUUGGUGUAAUUUACAGCUGAUUUAAGAGACGGGUCAAAACUGACCCUGAACAUGGUGGGUGCGUAGUAGAAGCUAACACAGAAGGAAGGUUUGGUGAUACUCUCAUUAGACUCAAAGCAGGAGAAAAUGCUUAAUUUACAAAAUUUACUGCCUUGACUUGUAAGUACCUCAUAUUGGUUUGGCUUUUUAGGUGUUGAACCAUCGUAAAGCCACCAUGGAGGUGACCCCUAUGACAUUCAUCACUGCAGAGCUGAAGCCCACUUCUAUUGGCCGCUUCCUCAUUAGCUGUCAGAUACAAGCUCACCGCCAUGGUAAGAAACAACAGAAAAGUUUUGGGGAAUGAUUACAGUUUUUUUUUAGUUUUUUUUAUCACAAUAGUUCAGCUUCCUCAAAGAGUGACUGUGUUUCAAAUUUAAAACGCUUCUCCUGCCCAGAUGGUAUGAACGCGAUGUUUGUGGUGGAGAAAUGCUCUGAGCCUGCCACUGCACCUGGACCAGACCUGCGUAAAGUCAAAUACAAGGAUGACGAGAACAUCAGUUACGACUACUAUGACGACAAUUUGUUCAACUCCCUCAGCUUUCACACACCUCAGGUGCAAGCCAGAUCAAGCCGGGGGGAGCAGUCUCGGACAUGGGAGCACUUCAUCGCCAUUGAAGAGGUCAUGUGGGAAUAUGCUGGUCAUCUCAAACCCACAGACAGGUAAGACACGUGUAUGAGCAUGAGAGAAGAAGAGGAAGGACAUCCUGUUUGUCAAAGUAUUUACCUAAUAUUUCCUUAUUUCUACUCCUUAGUGAGCUGCAGUCAAAGUAUCUGUCUGCUGCGCCACAUCACCUGGGCUACAGGUAUAAAAAGGUAGCCUAUGUGGAGUACACAGAUGGGUCUUUCACUAAGAAGAAAAACCCUGGCAGAGUGCUGUUGGGUCCGCUUCUGAAAGGAAAAGUCAAUGACAGAAUUCAAGUAAGGAACACCUUUUUUGAGCACAGAGAACACUCAUAUUAGCCUUCAUGCAAGAUAGGAAAUGAUCAAAACAAAGGUCAAGUUAUUUGGCAAUUUUGAGCCCUUUGUAAUUAAGGCUUUUAGGUGAUUUCCUCUGAUUUUUAAAUUUUGUUUCCAGAUUACUUUGAGAAACAUGGCUGAUCGCCCGUUCAAUAUCUACCCAAAUGGGCUGACCCAGGUAUAUCCACUGGACAGAUCCUCAAAGGGUAAGCCUCGACAUAUACGCUUAGCAAAUGACUGGCUGACUGGUGUAUUUAUAAGGUUUUAAGUGCUUUAAGCUUGAAGGCCCAGGACAUAUAUUUGAUCAGGAUGAAGAAAAUGAGAAAGAAGUUGAUGAAUUCCAUUGAUACCACAACAUGAAAUUUACCUGCUGAUGUCUCCUUCUUAAUUUAAAGUGAAUUAUUUAAAGUGUAUUUUUUAUUAUUGUGUUUGGCCUGAACCUGACCUCAAGUUGAUUCCGUAAAAGCAUUGCAUGAAGCGUUGGCUUUAUGCAAUGCUUUUAACCAGCCUUAUUGCUAAAGUAUCAUUUGCAUAACUUUGUUCCUCGUUUUUUAGAUUCUGUACGCAGCAGUCUUAGAUUAUGUUUUCUUUUUGUAGAUUAAAAUCUUAAAACCUGAACUCAUCUUAACCCUUAGUCAAUAUCACACCCACAAUGAGACAUCCAUUUAAUGGCCCUGUCAGCCCUCACCAUUAACAUGUGUGGAAACGUACCGCAGAGUUUGGAUUUCCACUUACCAAGUUACAGAAAAUUAAUUGUUUGUUACAAUUACUGUUACCGCUGACUACUAAGUUGCUGCAUUAUUUAGGUAAUUAGUUAUUUGAGAAAAUAACUUAAGCGUUACUUCUUUUUACCCUGCCUCAAGUCUCAUCUGUAUUUUACUGAUUAGUUCUCCAAAAGCAGUGAACAGUUCAAACUUCAUCCUCUACUUGUGACCAUGAAGAGACUUGGAGUUGUGGUAACCUGGUGCUGAAUAAAGCAUCACAAAAACUGGUGAUAACCUAUAACAUACCUGCCAUUUCUCCCGGGAAUCUCCCGUAGUUUGAUCAUCCAUGUUCAUUCAUGAAUCGGCUCACUAUAUUUGUCCAAAGCUGCCAGGUUUCCAGACAACCGAAGUUUGUCCUGUGUUUCUGCUGAGCCUCACAGACACUGGAAUGAUACUUUUACUUUACAGUUUGGGAUGAUUCAGGUCGAUUUAACCUAUAAACUAUAUUUAAGCAGUGUUUGUUGCAAAAUGAACACUUCAAUGAACGUGAUAUAAUAUUAACGUUGAUAGUCUUGCACCUUCUCGCAGUGAUGCGUUCAGGGCAGCCUCAAAUAAAAGAGUGCUGUAUUUCACGCACAGAUGUUCAGAAGAGCCUCAUACGGGAGAGCAUGUAAAACAUAUGAGGACUUUAACACUAAUAUAAGUGGACACAAUAAGUUAAAAGCAUAUCAUAGCUUAUUUUUUUAUGACCAUUUGUUAUUGUUAAAACAAAACAAAAAAGUAUGCAGCUUCACUUCUACUUAUUUGGAUGAGCAAUUUAAUUACAAAUACUCUCAUGAUUAGCUCAUAUCCACCAUACAAGGUAACCUCAAAACUCCCCAGAUUUUAUAACCCAAAUGUUGGCAGGUAUGACCUCCAAUAGCAAAAAAAAAAAAAAAUGUUAGCGGCCCUCUUGUCUUCAUCUUAUGGCUAAGUUCAGUCUGAUCUUCUCUAACCUGCAGAGAAAGACCUGCGCUCAAUGGGAGUUCCCCCGAACGGGACAUUUACCUAUGUUUGGAAGCUGACAGUUGAUGAUGGGCCCCUGAAGGAGGACCCCCAGUGUCUGAUCCAACUGUAUCAGAGCACCUUCAACCCAGAGAGGGACUUGGCUUCCGGGCUGGUGGGCACCCUGUUAAUCUGCAAGCAUGAAGCCAUAGACACCAGAGGACGCCUGGUGAGAUGAAUGUUUAUGUUGGAGGUGUUUGCUUUUUUACAAAGACGAAACUCCUUUCAAGUUUCAACAAGAUUGUCACUCACCUGCUCUUAUGUAACAACUCUCUCUGUGUCUCUUGUUCUGUUUCUAUUUUUGCCUCCAGCUUGGGCCUGAUAAAGAGCUGAGCGUGAUAUUUGCUGUGUUCGAUGAGAACAGAAGUUGGUACUUUAAUGAAAGCAUGCAGAAUUCCAGCCAGGUCUCUCCAAAUACAGCUGACCCUGAAUUCUACAACUCAAAUGUCAUUUACAGUAAGUUCGAGACAGAUUUCUCUGUGUAUUGAUGUAGUAUCAGAGUAUUGGAUUACACUGGCAUAUCAAGAUGAAUUUUAAAAACUGAAUAUUCUUUCACACACAGGUGUAAAUGGCAUCAUGUUCAGCAGGCGCCAGUUUGCUCUUUAUAAAACUGAUGUUACCUUCUGGCACGUAGCCAGUGUGGGUACCCAGAGUGAUUUCCUCUCAGUUUACUUCACUGGAAACCUCUUUCAGUACCAAGGCCUCCACCAGUCUGCCCUCACGCUCUUCCCUAUGACUGGUGUGACCGUUACCAUGGAACCAGAGGUGAUAGGUAAGGCCAAAGUGUCACUUAUUGUAACAUCAUAACUAUCCAGCUCAGAAAAUGUCAUCUCAUAGCUUUGGGUUGGUCAUUCUGAUGUUGUUUCCUGCUUCAUCUUGGUCAUACUCUUCUCAUAUCUGCCUAAACUUAAUCCCAAAUUCCAGCAAAGAGGCUCCUGAUAAGAAUUAGUAACUCUAGGUAUAUUGACUAUCACCAUUUCUUGGCUAGUUCAACAAAUGUCUGCUAGCAUGAUACUUCACGAUGAAUAUAUUCAUGGUUUUUUGCUCGGAAAUAAAGAAAAAGUGCAGGUAUUUCGCACCAGAGUCGUAUUAAUUCUUGUGCUUGUCUUCUCUCAGGUGAGUGGGAGAUCAGUGCCUUCGAUAGCAGCCUGAAAAACCGUGGUAUGAGCAUCCGUUACACUGUUCUUUACUCCAGCGCCGGAGAAUUCGCAUUAGUGGACCGACAUGAGGAUGAAGAUAUUUCUGAUUACCUUGAUCAGCUGGAUUUUCAGCCAAGGAGCAGGCGGUCUCAUAAUCACACAGUUCUGGUUACAGUAUGCAACAACAAAACUCAGUCAGUGAACACUUCUGGUAUAAAUGUCACUGAAGCUGAGGGGACUGGAGGACAGCUAGGAUGUCAGCAAAAGGAAGUGGUAGUGGAGGAGCCAGAUGAAGAAAUCCCUCUGGAUAUCUUGGAGGAGAUAGGAAGAGAAGGAGAAUGGACUGAACCUCAGAAUGGGACUGAAGCUGAAGGAGAGGGAGGGAGGAGACAAAAAAGACAAGCUGAGGGUAACUUUACAGAUGUAGACAUCAGUUCUGGUGCCUCUGAAGAUGGUAGCACUGAGAUAGAGAUUGGAGAACAGGCUAUAAACAUUACAACUUACCAAGGUGGGAGGGUUAAAAUAAAUAUAAUUGGUGAACUGUUAAGUUUAAGAAAUCAGACCAAGGCAGAGCUUGAUGAGGGUAAUGAGAUCUUAAUGGGAGAAAACUCACUGGAAACCAUACAGAGCCCAACAGUCGAAGACAUAUAUUCAGAGGAAAUGUAUCCGAACGAAAUUGAAUCUGAGGGUGUCAGACUUGAUAAGGACCGGCGGCAUGUGGAACUCAACCUGACUGCUGAUAACAACAACACAGCAAUGACUGACUUCUCUUUGGAGUAUGACUACUACGACCAAGAGGUACUAUCUUCUGUCUGAAUGUCCCUCAAACAUUCCUCAAAGGGAUAUUAUUCUGUAUUUUGUUGCCAGACUUUGUCCUGUAUUAAUAUUUACAUCCUGACACAGGUAAACAGCACUCUAGAUGCGUUUGGUACGGAUCAUGUGGACCCGCGGUCUCUAAAGCCCAAAGAAGAAACCUACUACAUAGCGGCAGAGGAGAUCACAUGGGACUACGGCAUCAAAAAACCACAUCAGCUUAUUAAACUCAGGUAAUAUGAUAAUGUUACGUCAGAUUAAGAUGCAGGAGUUUUACAAGUUGAGAAAUAGGCUUACUUACCUACCCAGAGAUUUUUGAGUCUGGGUUUUAUGGAGCAACAGUCUGGAAACUAGACUAGUACUAGACCAGGACCAGGAGGAAAUAUCUCAUCCAUGACUCUGACUAGACUUCCUUGGUUGCAUGUACUCAUCUCUCAAGUACCUUACAUAACAUAAACUUACCAAUGCUGCUCUUUGUACUUUUUAACGGGUGACUGUUUUUAGUUUAAAUCCCUGAUUUGUCUUAUGUUACCACUGAAUGUACGAUAUUGUUGAUUCUGUCCUUUCAUAAUAAUGUCCACAAUUAUAAAAAGCUUUUUUUUUAGAAGAAAUCAUCAUUGUUCAGCACAGAAAAAACAAUCCUGAGCUGAGGCAAACCAAACAUAUGCAGUUUUAAAAAUUCAAGGUUAUCUUCUCUUUAGGGAAAUGCGUCGCGGGAUAAGGAAGUUCCUGCCAGAGUAUAAGAAAGUUGUGUUUCGAGCCUACUGGGAUAAAAACUUUGAGCGUCCCAUAGGCAGAGGAGAGCUCCAGGAACACCUGGGAAUUAUGGGACCUGUUAUCAAAGCUGAGAUCAACGAACGCUUUACAGUGAGUAGUGCUUUUGCGUGGCAGAAAAUAAAGGAUAAAAACUAUGCCUUCCAGUGGUCACAUGAUUGAGCUACACUCAGACAGUCCUUGUAAAGAACGUGUAGUAAAGAAUAUGUGAAGACAACGCUGCCUGGUUUUUCUGUCUUUUUCAAGGUGAUCUUUAAGAACAAAGCAUCCAGGCCGUACUCUUUUCACCUUCAUGGAGUCUACGAUCAUGCACAUGGGAUCAGUGCCGUCCAAACCCACUCCCCAGAGGCUCCAUUUGGGGUCCCAGGGGAGCCAGUGCCUCCUGGGGAGGCUCGGACCUACAACUGGGGAAUAACCAAGAAGCAAGGACCAUCAGAUAGUGAAUUUGACUGCAAGGCUGGAGCUUACUACUCCACUGUCGACAAGGUCCUUUGGUGUUUUUACUUAAUCGUUACUCAAACUUGUAUUUUCAUGUAAAUACAACAUCCACUGUAUUUUUAUGAAAUUUAGAUACUUGAGUGUGGAUACUCUGAGUCAUCUAUUAGCUUUACUAAGUACUAGUAUGCGUGUACUAAAAAUGCAGUGCUCUACGUGGUUGUUUAGUUGAUUGUCAUUUGUAUUUAGCACCAAAAGGCUUUUCUUUUUAAAGAAAUUAAAUUACAACUAUGAAAUGUUUCUCAUUUAAGUCCAAAGUUUCAUCAUUUUUCAAUUAUUUCUUAAAUUGAUAAAGCCCAGGUAUUCUACAAAUAUUCUGUUUUUACGUGUGUUUCAGGAGAGGGACCUUCAUUCUGGUCUGAUCGGUCCACUCUUGAUCUGUAAGGAAGGCACCCUUCGGACUCGUCAGAAAAGACAGCCAAACGUCCAGGAGUUCUCUCUUCUUUUCCACGUGUUUGAUGAAACGAAAAGCUGGUACAUGGAGGAAAACCUGCAGCGUCACUGUACACCACCCUGUGAGGUCAACACUGAGGACCCUUGGUACCACACCAGCAACAAAUUUGCAGGUGGAGACAUAACAAUGAGCUUUUGUCCUGUUUAAACAGAAGGCUCUUUUAAUUUUCUUUGAAUUAAUGCCGAUAUUUUCUCUUAGCAAUAAACGGUUAUGUGGCGGAGACACUUCCUGGCCUGAUGGCUGCUCAACACCAACAAGUUCGGUGGCACCUGCUUAAUGUGGGAAGUGAUGGAGAAUACCAUGCUGUACACUUCCACGGUGUGCCUUUCAUCGUUCACACAAAACAGGAACACCGUAUGGGGGUCUUUAAUCUCUAUCCUGGUAAGUACUCACACUAACUUACAUGUAAAGAUAAUUUUUUUAAUGAAUAAGAUUUUUAAAGCGUUCUGGCCUAGUAACAGUAGACCGAAGUUCUGUGAAAAGGUCGUAAGAGCAGUUUCAUGAGCAAAUACUGUGAGUCUUUUAAAGUAUCAGACAUUAUCUGACCAUCAAAGUAGUUAAGUAUAGUUUUUAUCAGUGUUUAAAGUCUGUUUGCACUCUGGUAACUCUUGAUCAUAAUUUCAUGUUUCUUGCAUUUUCUCAAUGUCACACAGGAGUGUUUGGUACAGUAGAGAUGAAGCCCCCUAAUGUGGGCACCUGGCUGGUGGAGAAUACCAUAGGAGAGUACCAGCUUGCCGGCAUGAGAGCAAAACUGCUGGUCCAUAAUCGAAGUAAGUGAUGGCUGUAAAAUUUCUAUGAUGAGUAUUUUUAGAACAUCCAUUUUCUACCGCAUAUACCCAUUGGGGGUCGUGGGGGGGGGGCUGGAGCCUAUCCCAGCACCUUCAGGUGAAGGCAGGGGACACCCUGGACAAGUCGCCAGUUCAUCACAGGGCUGACAUAUAGAGAUGAACGACCAUCUUUGAAAGUGGCCAAUUAACCUAACCCCACUUCUGCAUGAUUUUGGAAUGUGGGAGGAAACCUGGAGUACCUGGAGUAAACACAGGGAGCGUAGACACAGGGAGAACAUGCAAACUCCAUGUCCUGACCCGGAUUCAAACCUAGAACCUUCUUGCUGUGGGCAACAGUGCUAACCACUACACCACUGUGCUGCCCUUUUAGAGCAUUUAUGUUUCUAAAAUGUUUAUGAUGAAAAGUCUUCUGUAUAAUUGGAGUAAUAAUGCAGGACUUUCUGGAGGUGGUUCUCUUACCCCACAGUAGUGUCAGUCCCUUUGGUGUGCCUCAAACACAGGUCAAACAGGAUGAAACUCUCUCAUUUUGCUGUUUCCCCUGUUUUGCAUUUAGGGCCAGCCAUUGUUCAGCAGUUACUAUGAAGGGCCACAGUAUAAGCAGAAGUACUUAAAAGGCUGCCAGCCUUUGAUGAGCCCUGAGAAUCUGAGAUUAGAGUGAUAACACAUCAUGCUAAACUCUUGGUAACCUGUUAUGUUCCCAUGCUUAGUAAAAGGGUUGAGCCAAAUAAAUAUCAUUUGUCAGGUGUUUAAAUACAUGUUCUUUGUUGUAGAAGUCAGUCAAUCACCCAUCAAUUGAUCUUUUGUUUAAAAAGCACCAAUCCAAACAAAUGUUAUCUCAAGAUGCUUUGCAAAAAGAGCUGCUCCAGACCGUCCUCUUUAUUAUCUUUACAAAGACCUAACAUCAAGACAGGGCAGUGGAAAUGUACACUUGAUCGUGCUGUUAUAAAAAUCAAACUCAGAGCCCAGAUGAGACCCCACACAAAGGUUUAGUCAAGAACAGAUGAAGAAAUGUUGGAGUGUUUUGUGAGUGUAACAGCCUCAGCGAAAGAAACACUUUUGGACAUGAUCAACAGAGAAUGAUGUAGAUUUUGAAACGCCAAGUGCACUGCAUGAUUACUUACAGACACAUUACAAACUCUUGGCCUCCUUUGAGUUAUGUCAAAAUUUUUACCCCUAUUUUCUACACUGUGAAAUAGUUUGAAGUUGUGUAAUUGGUGGGGUUUUCAAUGGGGACUUCCCAGUUUUCUAGGCCAAGUACCUGAUGUAAAUCUAGUAGACAUGUAGAAUCACACGACUUCAUUUCCAGAAAUAUAACAUGUGAAAACAGACAGUGCAUAGUUCUGUGUGUUAAAAGUGAAAAAAAAAUAUUCUGGUUAUUCUGUCAUGCAGAGUGUUUUAUGCCUCUGGGGAUGAAGUCAGGAUGGAUCGAAGAUGCCCAGAUCACAGCCUCAGAUUACAUAGGUAAGAGUGUUUUAUUUUUUUUACUGAGUCCCAUCAUCCUACCAAGACCCUUGUUCAUUACAAAAAAGGGGUGCACAAAAUGUACUGAAAAAAGAAGUUGAGUUGAAAUCUUAACCCUGUUUUCAUAAAUGUUGUCAGAUAACUGGAAGCCAAGGCUGGCCAGACUGGAUCAGUCUGGUUAUAUCAAUGCUUGGAUGGGCAGGAACAAUCAAUCCUGGUUACAGGUAACUUAAAGGGGACAUUAUGUAGUUCUCAAUGUGCCAAAUAUAAGAUCUGGAUCAAUAACUGAAUAAAUAAACAUAGUAAAGUGAAAUUGAGAUCCAACAUGUGUGUUUUCAGGUAGACCUGCUGAGGCCCACUCUGCUGCAUGGUGUGCAGACACAGGGGGUCAGGGCCAGUCUAAGGGACCACUUCACCAGAAUCUUUACCAUUUCCUACAGUCUGGACCAGGAGACCUGGACCACCUACAGAGGAAACAACACAAAGCAGGAACAUGUAUGUCAUCUGCUGUCGAGGUUGCAUACAGUACAUCUGUCAGGGUCAGGGUUACCAAGUGACAGCCAAAAGAAGAGAUAUAGACUGUGUAUCAAGAGGCUUCAACAGCUUUUGCAUGACAUUUUUACAUUGUAAGAUAAAUUCCUACAUGUGCAAAUAGUUCGCUGCAGGGUUUGCUUGGAGUCUCUGAGUAAAAAAACAAGAGAAACAGUUGGUCCUCUACUGAAUAGCAUAAUCCCUUCCUUAGUAUGAUGAAGAUAGUAAUUGAUCUGAAGUGUAUGUCCAUAAAAGCCUGACAUAAACCCUAUUUCUGCUCUAUUUCAGAGAUUUCAUGGCAACUUGGACAGCUCCAGAGUGAGACAAAACUACAUAAUUCCGCCAAUUGUUGCCCGCUUCGUCAGGAUUCAGCCGAGAGAUUAUAGGCAGAAGCCUGCUUUGAGACUGGAACUGAUGGGCUGUGAUCUGAACAGUGAGUUGCAGCUGACUUUAAAGCUGAGCUAAUUUUACCACUUAAAUGCACUGAGAAUGUUGUCCCACUCCAAUUGUUUUUUUUUUUUUUUUUUUUUUUUUUUUACUACUUUAAGCGUUAUCAGUGGUUGUUAAAUUGUGAUUAUGAGGUUUUUAGCCAAAAUCACAUUACCUGUGUCGUUUUUAAGAGCUUUUUUUCUGCAGAGCUCCAGUAGCUCAUUAGCAGUUUGAGUCGUGGGCGGAAACAGCGCUGCUCUGCACACUCCUUUUCAUGCUAGCUUGUAGCCCAACAUUGUCAGUGUAGUAGAAGUGGCAGGUAACAUAGGAGCUAUUCAACUCUCAGAUACGUAUGUCUUUAGGGGCAUGAUGAAAGCUAAUAUCAUUAUUAGCUUUUUUAUGAGCACUGCUACCCACUAACGCAGGCGCUUGUCCACGAUUGUCCUCUCUACUUCCCUGAGUCUGGCCUGCAUAGCGGGGCUCCAGGGGCGGAGCUUGUAGUUAUGACAUAGGAAAUCUCACUGUGUCUGAGCCUGCAGUUUGGGUCUGCCAGAGAUUCACAGCGAUUUGAAUGCAGAGAUACUCAGAAAUGCAAUUUCGCACUUAGUUUUCCCAUGAUUUGUCCUACAACAUCAGAAAAAUGCCAUUUGAACAUGUAGACAACAAGAAAAAUAUGAUUUUCAUCUGAGUGGGUCCUUUGUGGUCUUUAUUGAAUUUCCCUUCAGGGAUCAAUAAAGUUCGUCUUAUUCUCUUAUUCUUAUUCUUAACGUGUGUGUUUGUGUGUUUUCAGGCUGCUCUCUGCCUCUUGGGCUGGAGAAGAGUCACUCUUUUGCAAUUCCAGACAAAAACAUAACUGCCUCCUCACAUUAUUCAUACCUGCUGCGGCGCUGGGAACCCCAUCUCGCCCGCCUUCAUUUAGAAGGUAGUGUCAAUGCCUGGAGGCCAAAGGUGAGCACUAUUUAUGCAAUUUUAGUUUUCAAACACAAAUGUGUAGCUCUGAAAAUGUUCCUAUAGGCUGUUUGAUACAAAGCAAAAGGAUGUGACAUUUCAUUAGCUUAGGAGGAAGAGUUAAAGCAGGAGGAAACAGCUAGUUUAACUUGCUGGUUCAAAGUUUUUAGUUUGGAGGGCUGGAUUAGCUCAUUUGGUAGAACAGGCCUCCCAUGUACAGAGUCCACGUCACACUGAACACAAGAAUGGUCAGGAUUGGUUUCAUUCCAUAUUCAUUCUCUUUCCACAGUUUUUGUUUCUAACUAGAAAACCAUCCAUUAAAAAACUUUCAGAGAAAAAUCUAAUUUUCAAGUCCAUUUUUUUGUUCAUUUUACUUUUUCCUAUCUAGCAUAGAUGCCUUGCUGUGCUUUGAAUUGCUUUUGUACAUUGCCAUGAAGUUUCCCUGCAGGGACUCUUGACAAAAAGCUUAAUGAUUUCAGAGAAAUGUGCUGUUGCCUCAUGUGAGAGUCACUGUUGACUCAAAGUUCAAUCUUUAACCAAACCAACAAUAUCAGUAUUCAAGUUAAGGCACCAAAGGCAUUUUUUGGUGAAAACGUGGGUUAAAUUAAGAUACUAAGUCAUACAACCCAAACUGUGCUUAAACAAGAAUACUGGUCUUCUGGGUGAAAGUCAUGUUUGAGGGAUUAUCUGCAGCACUCUGAGAUCACUGCAGAAAGAGUGAAACUGACUGAGAACACAAUCACAUGGAUAUGUAAGCCUAGGACAAUACUGCUGCAAAGUGAACCUCACCUUGUUGGCAUGACACAUCAGUAGAUAGUGUCAUGUGUGCUGAUACUGAUAACAAACGUUUUAAGAUUUUAUCUGCUUUAUGGUGAAAAAUGAAACUCAGUGAACAAAUGAACCCUUAUUACCUUUUCACCCCUCUCUGUUUUCCUAAUUAUUAAGCUUUGUAGUUCCCCCCCUUCUCCACCUCCUCAGCUUAUCUUUAUCACACUCUGCAGCACUGAUUCCAGAGGUGUGACUUUUCCCUUCUGUCAAGCUUUGGAGCUGUUAUUGUAGUUCACACUCCAAACAGCAGCACUUGUGAUCUAUGGACAGAGGUCAAUCACUGUGGGCUGAAUAUUAUCUGGACAAUGACCUUCAAAAGGCUGCAAUGAAAACAGACAGACAAGGUUAUGUAACUUAAGUCUUAACAGGAAAAUAUUCUAUUUUAGAUUUCAAAAUAAAAGUUUUUUGUGGGACUCUUUCUGUAGUUGUGCACCUCUUUUCUUCACAGUAAAAACCUCAAGUUUUCAAGAAUGAUAGGCCAAACCUUAAGCGCCCACACUUACAGCUCAUCUGGUUCUGCCCUGUGCUACCACAUUAUGUCAGUGGAAAUGAGUGGAAAAAAGACGAACUGCCAGAGAACAUUAUCCUGGUUUAUAAGUUUCUGAGUCAUCCCAGAGUUACGUGGGAGAGGAAGCAGUGAGCUGCUCCCUUUGGCAAUGGCUUCAUCUGCUUGUAUGUUUUCCCUUUGUUUUGGCUACUUGUAUUUCAUGCAGAAGAUGUUAUCAAUUUAUUUCAGCUUCAUGAGACAUCCCUCGUUUUAUUGCAAGUAUUAAAGUCAUAUCCCUCACUCAAGUCAUACUAAGUCAGGCCAUCAUGUUCUUCUGCAAAGAACAUCUUACCGUCAAAGAGAUGAUGAACUUGGCUGAGGGUUUUUCUUCCAAAGUGAAUGAAGACAUUAAUUCCAUUAUUUUAUUUUAUUGUUACAUGUGGACCAGCUGAAACAUCUGGGGGUUAAGAAUCUUAAUAAAUAAAAGAAGCACCUUUGGUCCUGUCUGAUGCCUGUGCUAGUGUAGCUGUAUAAGGUUGUUGUUUUUGUUUGCUAUUAUUGUUUCACAUCUUCAUGUCUUACUCCCUUUUUUAACCCAGAACAACAACCCCCAUGAGUGGCUGCAGGUUGACUUGGGGACUGUUAAACGCAUCACAGGAGUCAUAACCCAGGGAGCACGAUCAAUGUUGACCCAAAUGAUGGUGACAGAGUUCUCUGUCACUUUCAGCCGCGACGGACGCUCAUGGAGCAGCGUGUUAGAGGAAAGCUCCCAAAGAGAAAAGGUACAUCUUUUAUUAUAUUCAGGAAUGAGGAUGAAUUUGCUUGACUCAUCUGUAGAUUAAUGUUUUAGCAUGUAUCAGUCACAAACCCCUAUCUUUUUUCUCUUUAUUCUUUCUUCCUCAGAUCUUCCAAGGAAAUAACGAUGCAGAGGAAGAGGCUUUCAACGUGUUUAAAACCCCUCUGUUUGCCCAGUUCCUGCGCAUCCACCCACGGGGAUGGAUUAAUGACAUUGCUCUGCGCUUUGAGCUGCUUGGCUGUGACACCCAGCAGUAACUCUGACAUAUGUGGCUUACCUAACCAAUAGCAUUAAGCAGCAUUUUAGUUGCAAAAUAUAUCCUUGUUUUAUUUUGAUGUCAUUGCUCUGGCAAGGGAUAAAAAAAAAAUGUUAUUUUUUUAUGUAGAGCACUUCAAAGUUAUGUAGUUGAUAUGACUUGUUAAAAAAGAAUCACUGAAGUGUUAUCAGUUUUGACCCUUUUCUUAUCAUGUUUUUUGGUUAUUUAUCAUCGAAUAAAGGGUUUUUGUUGCUCCUUUGCAAAGUUUGAUGUUGUGAUGUAAAAAAGGAAAAGUUUAUUGUAAGAUAUGCGUUUAAAAAGGGCAAGAAUGCCACUAAAUAUCUUGAGCCGUACAGUAUUUUCUACUCCAAGCAGAACUUGGUUCUUGUAAAUAUUUCAGACUCAGAUGGAUGUAUAAACUUUGAGUGGUUGAUGUAUAUUGUUGGAUAAGUUUGUAUUUAUCUAUUCCUAUGCUGUCCUUGAAUUUAUAUAAAUGAUAAACUUCUAAUGA